UAUAUGAAUGACGAGGACGUCCGUAUUAACAAAACAGUCCGCGCAGGAAGCGAACAAGCGACGCCUUCCCUUCCUGUCUGCUCCCCCACCUCACUCCCCCUCCUCUCCUCUCCUCUCCUCUUCCCGAGAAGAAGCAGCGGACCACGCACAGAUUUCGAUCCGCUUCUCCAAGCAUCCUCACGAGCUCCCGACCGAGCUCGCCGCCGCGUCUCGGCGCACGGAUCCGGAGGGCCCGAGGGCGGAGGCCCCAGAUCCGGUGCUCUUCUGGUGGGCUUUCGCUGCGUUUUGCUGCGCGCUGUGAGGCUCUGCUGUGCCAUGGUGGCGCCGGCGUGAGGGGGCUCCUGGGCGGGCGCGACCAAGAUGUGGAAGCAGUUCCUCAGCAAGCUGCCGCGGACCAAGUCUACGGGCGGCGGCGGCGGCGGCAACUCGGGCCAGUGCAGCGGCGGCGGCAAUGGCAACCCGAUACAGCGCACCAGCAGCGUGCCGGCGGGCGGGGGCGGCCGCUCCGCCUCCACCAUCAAGCGCAUGUCCUCGGCGGUCUUCCCCUCCAGCGUCGUGGCCGGGAUCGAGCCGCUCGUCGCCUUCAAGGACGUGCCCAGCUCCGAGCGCCACAACCUGUUCGUCAGCAAGCUCGGACUCUGCUGCGCCGUCUUCGACUUCUCCGACCCGGCCAAGAGCUCCGCCGAGAAGGACAUCAAGCGGCAGACGCUGCUGGAUCUCAUCGACUUCGUCGACUCCACCAGCGCCCGCUACCCGGAGGCCGUCAUCGCCGCAUGCUCCAGGAUGCUCGCCGUCAACCUCUUCCGGGUGUUCCCCCCGAGCUACAGGUCCGGUGCUGGCUCGUCAUCCGGCGGCGGCGGCGAGGGCGACGAGGACGAGCCGAUGUUCGACCCCGCGUGGUGCCAUCUGCAGCUCGUGUACGAGCUGCUGCUCAAGUUCAUCGGGUCCAACUCCCUGGAUGCCAAGAUAGGGAAGAAGUACUUCGACCACUCCUUCAUCGUCAGGCUGCUCAACCUCCUCGACUCCGAGGACCCCAGGGAGCGAGACUCCCUCAAGACCAUCCUCCACAGGAUCUACGGCAAGUUCAUGGUGCACCGGCCGUUCAUCCGCAAGGCGGUGAGCAACAUAUUCUACCACUUCGUGUUCGAGACCCAGCGGCACAACGGGAUCGCCGAGCUGCUCGAGGUGUUCGGCAGCGUCAUCAGUGGCUUUGCAUUGCCUCUCAAGGAAGAACACAAGAUCUUUCUCUGGAGAGUUCUGAUUCCUCUGCACAAGCCGAAGUCAGUUGGGGUGUAUCUCCAGCAGUUGACAUACUGCGUGACACAGUUUCUAGAAAAGGACCCCAAGCUUGCCGGAUCGAUAAUCAUUGGUCUGCUGAGAUAUUGGCCUGUGACAAAUAGCCAGAAGGAGGUGAUGUUCCUGAGUGAGAUCGAGGAGAUCCUGGAGGCUACCAGCAUGGUGGAGUUCCAGAAAUGUAUGGUUCCGUUGUUUCGGCGGAUAGCUCAUUGCAUCAACAGUUCCCACUUCCAGGUUGCUGAAAGAGCACUCUUCAUGUGGAACAAUGAUCACAUCAUCAGCCUGGUGGCCCAAAACCGCCAAGUGAUCAUGCCCAUCAUCGUUCCAGCGCUAGAACAGAACGGCCAGAACCACUGGAACCACGCGGUCCUGAACCUGACCGCCAACGUGAUGAAGAUGUUCUCCGAGAUGGACGAGGAACUAUUCUCGGCGUGCCUAACAAAGUGCAAGGAGGACGAGGAAAACCAGGCGUCGAUGGAGGAGAAGCGGAGGCUGAAGUGGGCGAAACUAGAGUCCGCCGCAGCUCUCCAGCCAGUGACCGGCCACACCGCCGUCCUGGUAGGGUAGGUCGCCAACCGUCGGCGAUAAUCUUGUCGCCGCCACCAUCGUUUAGCGUGUGUUUGGUCGGUGGAGGUGCAUGCCAAUGGUGUUCUUCCCCUGUUCGGUGAAGCGCGCCCAAGUGAUGAUCGACUCCAGGGCUCGUCGUUUUGCUUUUCUUCUGUACGUUGUAACUAUGCCCACUAUGUCUAUGCUCUAGAGGCAAAAUGUAGCUGUUGAGAGCGAGCGCCUUGUGCUGAGACUCAUUACCUGUAACUUUUGCCUGUUUAUUUAUGAAUAUUAUCCUAGAGCUUAA